UUCCUUCCUGCAGUUAUUAAACAAACAAGCAAAAGCUACUAGAAGCGAUCUGCUGCGAGGUGAAGCAGUGCUACAGAACUGAGAAGACAGACGGACGGAGGUGCAGAGGGAGAGGCACAAAGCCCGCUGCCCUUUCCGGAUUCCAGUCCGUUGCUGAAGCUCAGACUUACAAAGGCUGACUUAAAGAAGAGCGGCGCUUCGUUCGUUUUUGACAGAGCUUGUCUCAAAGAUCGGAGGUGACUGAGCUGGCUUAGUAUCAACACUUGAAUGCUGAGGCAUAGCGACUAAGUCUUAAGACAGCUAUAGUGGAAGUCUCCUCUACCUACAGAGUAUUGUCACUCAACGGUUUGUAGAGCCAUGCUGGGAGUUUCAAGAACACAGACCAACAAAGAUCAAGACUAAAUGGAAACUCUUCAGGAUCUUUACAACAAAGUACUAUGGCUAUUCAUGCCUUAAACAACUUAAUUAUAAUGAACACCAACAAUCUGAAAAGUGGCAGCACACAACCUCGAACUGGGAGACCAGUCUUACCUGUGCCAGUCAGAUUGAGUGGAAGAUUGCAAAGCCCUAGUAGCCCUACCUGUUCUAUGCAGCGGUCUAUGUUUGUGUUUCCAGAUGGCACUAAUAGCGAGAAUAGCAGCUCUCCUGUGAGACAACAAGAGACACUGGCAGUGGAAUGUUUGAGCUCCACAAGAAGGUUUAAAAGCCCUGUUAGGACAAAGGUAAGGGAGAACACACAAUCUCCCAGUCCUGGACCUUUUGAAGAGCUAAGCUUAAAACUUGGUCUUUCAGAUGAGAAACAAAUCAAGAGGACUGUGCAGCUUCCACAGAUACACAGGGAACUGCAAAAUGUGGAGGUUAAUAAAAAGGUUGAUUUAUUUGAGGCCCAGAUUUCAAAUCUACGUACCCAAGUUCAAAACUCUGAAAUAAUACGCAGUCCCAGGAUUGGACGCAAAUCCUCUAAUACUCAAAACUCUGAACUAUGUCAGCCAGACUCCCCUUUACAAUCUAACUAUGCUAUUCCACCCGAAUUACGUAAUGGUAAAGAGGUAGAAACUUUCAGUUUUGAUGAAAGUAAAUUGAACAGUAGGAAAAAGGAAGAAGAAAGACCACAAAUCAAUAUCUUAAAGCAUGUGACUAAAUCAGAUACCUCAAACAGCAUACUUUCCUUGGGGGGUUCGUCCAGAACCUACCAGUCAUUGGGCGUGCAAGUUCCAGUUGCCAAACAAGACCAGGAAGCUAGUCAGUCAUCGCUUACUAGCAGCAAAGAAAAUUGUUUGGAACAGGGCAGCAUUCCCUUUGUUAUCAUUACAGAUCAUGGAGUGGAAGAACCUGGAGAUGGAACUGAUUUGCCUCCCAUUGGACAGAUUUUAAGAAAACUCUCCUCUUCUUCGGCUUCUUCAACAGGAUUUUCUUCCUCAUGGGAAGAAUCAGAGGAUGAUGUUUCAAGUGAUCCAGAUCGAACUGAUUCACCUUCACGUAAAUUCCUGGAAACGAAUCAGCAAGGAUACCACAGAGCAAGCAGAUCAUGGAAAAAGAUCAAGAAUAUGAUGCACUGGUCACCAUUUGUAACUUUCUUCAAAAAGAAAUAUCCUUGGAUUCAAUUGGCUGGGCAUGCAGGCAGCUUCAAGGCUGGAGUUAAUGGCAUGAUUCUGAAGAAACACUGUGAAUGUGAGCAGCGCUGCCUUGGCAGGCUGAUGAAUGACGUUCUACGACCUUUUGUCCCUGCCUAUCAUGGCGAUGUGGAGAAAGAUGGCGAGAAGUAUAACCAAAUGGAUGACUUACUAGCUGAAUUUGAGCUCCCAUGUGUCAUGGACUGCAAAAUGGGAGUCAGGACAUAUUUGGAGGAGGAGUUAACUAAAGCUCGCAAGAAACCAAGCUUGCGAAAGGACAUGUAUCAAAAGAUGAUUGAGGUGGACCCAAUGGCCCCAACCAAAGAGGAGAAAGAACAGCAGGCCGUUACCAAGCCUCGCUACAUGCAGUGGAGAGAGACAAUCAGCUCUACAUCAACAUUGGGUUUUCGAAUUGAAGGCAUCAAGAAAGAAGAUGGCACAGUAAACCGGGACUUUAAAAAGACAAAAAGCAAACAGCAAGUUAUUGAAGCCUUUAGAGAUUUUGUCAAUGGAAACCAAAAUAUACUGAUUAGUUAUGUUAACCGUUUAAAGGAUAUAAGAUCAGCGCUGGAGAUUUCUCCUUUUUUCAAAUCUCAUGAGGUGAUAGGCAGUUCCCUACUCUUUGUCCAUGACAAACGAGAACAAGCCAAAGUGUGGAUGAUUGACUUUGGAAAGACAACCCCAUUGCCAGAUGGGCAAGUGUUAAGUCACCGUGUUGCCUGGCAAGAGGGAAACAGAGAAGAUGGCUAUCUUUGGGGACUCGACAAUCUCAUUGAGAUUUUAGCAGGGAUGGUGGAAAGUGAUGACCUGUAAACUGCAACCUACUGGCAUCAGGAGCUAAAGCCUGCACUACAAAGUGAAACGCAUGAAAAAAGCUAUAUGUUCUCUACAUUGUGUAGAUUACUUUACAUUAUAUCUUCAUAACAGUUUAUUAAAAUUUUAAACUUUUUUAACGAUCUUAUAAGGUCUAGACCCACACUAUUCAGAGUAAUUAUAUUUACUUCCAGAUUUAAGGCCAUUCCUUGUUGGUAUUGCCUUCAGUGCAUCUGUGAGGGAGCAUCAUCACUUGUCCAACUGCAUCCUAUUGAUGCCCCUCAUGUCGACAUAUAAUGACCAUUCUCUAAUUUGGAAAUUGACAAUGCUACCAUCAUUUUUGUAAAACUGAGGAGCUCCAUGAAUAAUAAGGAUAGUUACUAGUUUAAUAGAACAGGAUGUAUUCUUUUCGUACUGUUACUUUCUAUACAGCAGAAUAUUUUUGUAAUAGCUUGGAUGAGGAGUAACAACUUUACUGAUGCAUAAUGACUGGGACCAAUAUGCUUAUUUGCAUGUAAGUUUACACAUGUAUGGGCGCAAAGUUUGGUUUUGAUUGGGACUGAACAUAUUAGUUAGCUUUUAUAUUUUAUGUUUAUGAUAUUUAACAACUUUUAAUGCAAAUUUCCCUUCAGUCCUUUUUGUGAAAAAUUCUGCCCAAUUUUUAUAAUUAACAGAUUAUCAUUUUACUGUGGCCGGACUGAGAUUCAGGCUUAAAAUAUAUGCCAUUCAAAGCAGUCAUCAUUUAUUAUUUUCCUCUCUCCAUUUGCCAUGUAACACAUGACUGCACUCAGAUUUAAGGAGCCAUUUCACAUUUAUAACUGUGAGAGCAUGUCAUCAUUUUUAUUCACUACAAAUCUAUCUUCUGACUGUGAAACUUCAACUUAACCAACUCGUUUUAUUUUUUUAUCAAGCACUCAUACAAGCACAAAUAUGUGAAUUUUUUUAUGAAAAUGGAGAAUGUAGAAGCUUCAUUUUAUACCAUAAGAGUAGGAGGUGCAGAAAUUAGCACCCUGCAUUCAAUUUCCAGAGCCAGUGCACUCUGUGUGAAGUGUCUGCAUGAGUCUUCCUCUGAAUACUCCAAUUUUACUUCCACAUCCCAGAGUUAUGCCAGUUAGGUUGACUGGCCAUUCAAAACUGGCCCAGUGUGUGUGAAUAAGCUCAGUGAUGGCCAUAUGCCUCAAUCAGGGUUAGCUCCUUCUGUGUGCCUGAUAGAGCCAGGCUAGGCUCCGUCACCCCCGUUACCCUGGAUUAGAUUAAGCAGGUUUCAGAUUACAGUUUACAAUACAAUACAGUUUAUUUUUGUAUAGCCCAAAAUCACACAGGAAGUGCCUAUGUAAUGUUAUCACAGAAGGCAAACUUAUACAAGCAGCAAAUAUCAGAGUAUGUCCUUUGUUUGGUAAAAUGUUAAAUGAUGUUUUUCCAACGUAAUCAAAUAGUAAGAGCAAACACUUUGUUUCUUAUGACUAAAACUGUAAAGCUCUGCUCCAUUUAGACUAUUUUUAGUCAUUAAAAAGUGAAAGUGAAUAUAAUCAUAGGAAGGAAAAAGAGUGUGCUCUUGUAGUUAAUAUUGGACAAUAGCAUGGUGAGUGAUGGUCAAUGCCUAAGCCUGAAGUAGAACAUUUUCUCUGCUAUUGUUUCCUGUUGGAUGGUUGAACAUUGGCAUUUACAAUUCAAGAGCUGCCAUGAAGUCAAACAUGGAGUAAAAUAUUGUGAGGUGUGAUAUUUAUAUUUGCUCUUUGAAAAAUAAGAAUAUUCUCUGGCUAAUUCAUUACUUUAUGUAUCACACAUUCCAUCUGCUAACUGGGUGUCAUAAAUAUUGACAAAUACUAUAUGGUCAAAGUAAAAUACCAAAUAACAUUUAAUAAAAAUAUUAUAUCUUAGUGCACAGUACAUAUGCCAAUGUACUUAUAUAUAGGGGUCGUCACAGUGGUUGCCAAACAGUUCCGGAGACCUGAUUUUGAAUUUCUGUUUGAAAACUGUUCGCUGUAGCUUUUCUGCAGGUACUCCAGUAUUCCUCCCACACCCCAACAACAUGACUAUUAAGCUAAUUGACGGUUCUAAACUGUUCCCAUGGAUGUGAACUCUUCAAUAGACCAAUGCCCCAUCCAGGACUGUCUCUUCCUUUGUGCCCAGUAAUGCUGGGAGAAUUUCUAUUCCAUGUGGCUGUAAAUUGAAUUAUCUGGGUUUGAUAAUGAAUUAGUGAGUGGAUAUAUUUCUACAAAGUUUUAAAUGACAUUUCCUUUCAUUAUUACUCUCAUGGUUCCAAAUGAGCAUUCCAAGUAUUAGAUGUUUACACAUAAUAAUAAUGACUCUAUGUACCCAAAAUAUCUUUUUGUUUAUUUUUUUUAUAUAUAUCUAUGUUUAAAAGACUUAGAGACAUUAAUUUUGGGACAGUCACUGUCAAUCCCAGAAUAUGAAAAUAAAUAUAUUUCUGAAGUAAUAUAAACCAGUAAAGCUAAAAGUACAAGUCAUAUGAAGCAAUACAAUGUAUAAAAUAAUGAGCAGUUAUGAAAUUUAAUAACUGAAGGCAGAGCAGCACUGGGUGCUUUUUUAUUUAUGUCUUGGUUAUGUUUCAUAGUGGGUCCAACUUUUGUGUUGAGUGUUUCAGAUCUAAAUGGAAUAUAAUGGUGCAUUUUGUGUGACUUCUGAUGCACUUUUUGAAGAAAUAUUAGAGAUUAAGAGCAGUACUCAAUCUCUAAUUCAUUUUCCCUUACUAGAAGGAAUUUAUUGUAUGGUUGAUGUAUUUAUUAUUUUUCAUACAAGAACACUAAACAUACCAAAAUGCAUGCUUUAUUGCUUUUUGAACCUGUAUGUAGAAGCUUACAUGUCAGAUAAAUUCUUUUACGUAGCUGUAAGUAAAGACUAAGCAUAACUUAAAAUGGCUAAAUACAGUAUAUUUUUAAUGAAGAGAUUGUAGAUUAUGAUUUCAUUUGAAACAAAUAAAUAUUUUAAAAAGUCA